GUUGUUCCCUGGUUUCUCCAUCAGAACGGCUUUGAAAGAGUAACGGACUCCGACAGUCAGGGCUGGUCUCCUUUGCACUAUGCUUGCCUGGGCGGAGAUCCCAAGCUGAUUCAAAGCCUUUUGGCAAACCGUGCCGAUCCCAACCGUCGCACCAGAAAAGACCAAGUUCAAGUGGAAAUGGCACCGUUUGCUUCGGCGCUAACUAUUGCCACAGCAUUGAAGCAUCACACAGCUGUUGGCAUUUUGCUUGCGGCUAGGGCACGUGUGGACGUGGACUUGAUUACACCACCCAUAUGUUUUGCCGCCAUGGUGAACAACCCGGAGGGCAUACGCCUCCUUUGCCAAGCGAGUGCAAGCCUUGACUCUGCGAACAUCUUUGGAAUUUCGGUCCUGGAGCUGGCUGCAACAUACGGGGCACCAGAGGCCAUGGAAGAGAUCUUCGUGCAGGCGAGAACCCGCGCACACAACCCCAAUCUCUCGCACGCGUUGCAUCUGGGAAUGGGCAUGAGAGGUGGCAAUUCGGAGAUCAUCAGUCGCCUGACGAGCCGAAGAGCAGAUGUGAACUAUCGGUAUACGGUGCGGUCGUUUUCUCUUGUCGGCGUGUUCAUCUCCUACAAGACCUUACAACAGAGAUUUGGGAAGGUCACUUCGACAGGGCGCCUAUGUGAUGGGGCUCAUGGGUCCACACCUCUCAUGGCUGCAGUGAAGUCUGGCGAAUUUGAAGGCGCAGCGGCACUGAUUGCAGCGAAGGCAAGGCUGGAUCUCACGAACUAUCGUGGUCAGACUGCGGCAGACUUUGCGAAGGAGAAUCCGGUGCCGGCAUUUAUUUUACAGGCGCUGCAGGGGGACCCUGCAGAAUGCGAGAGGAUCUCAUCUUUAGCUCUUGCGGAUAGCUUUUUUGAAAUUUAG